AUGGAGGCCUUUCGAAGAUCCAAGGGUAUUCACAAGGUUGAGGAUAACAAGGCGGCACCGUCAAGGGGGUCGUCCGCUGCAUUGAGCGGCUGGACUACGCUUGAGGAGCGGUCGGGAGCGAGAUAUGACAGACGCUCCUCCGGAAAGCGAGAGGACACAGACGAACUCAGUGACGAAUUGUCCGACCAGCGAUCGAGCCAAGCCCCGGCAUCCAAAGAACUCGAUCCAGUAUAUAACGAUCUCGAUUCAGCAUAUAACUCUGUAUACGGCAUCGAUUCGGCAUCGACGUAUGGCCACAGGGAUGAGACCCUCGCCGAGAAUCUGUCCGAAACGCCAGAGGCCUCAGCGUCUCCUACACAUGCACCUAAGAAAGACAGGCAGAAACAGCCAAAGCAGAGAGCAAAGAAGCGUUCUAAGAAGGAUUCUGAGCUUGGUGUCAAACGCCUAAAGCCAAAAGAUCUCAGGCUCACGCCGAUCGAAGAAGAAGAAGAAGAAGGCAUCAAGGUGCCACACCUGUCGUACGGGCUCGAUAAAGUUCUCUUCAACAGCGGUGUCCAUCAGAUGCAAGACCAGCGGUCGAAAGUAUAUAAUUUCGACCCCUACCUCACCUCAAUCAUGCCGAUUGACCAGUUUGAUUUUGACGCUCUUAAAGCCUACAUCACUUCGUCCAAAGAUUCGAAGCUGCGGGCCAUCAGCGCCAAGCACGGAAAGAAAUAUUGUGGUUCUACUUCUAGCAUGACAGCUCUAUUGUCCCAUUUCCAUUUUCUUGUCUCGCAAUGGCGUGAGCCAAACUAUGAUCAUUUGUCCAAGGGCAUCAAGAUCGAGUCGCGCAAUUUCACACUCCUAAGUCGUGCGCCGGCUGCAGCGUACGCCAGACUCAAGGACGGUGUUUAUGCGAUCGAUGCCGACAAGGAAUUUGACAGGGAAAAUGUUCUCAGUAUGUUGGGUAAGUCGAUGGAAAAGCUUCUCACACUUCCCAAAGAAGAUUACGAGAAAUAUCGAAUCAGUCGUUCGCAUCUCCUUACCGAGGAAGAACGGAAUGCCGACGAAGCUUUUCAUUACACCACCUUGGGUGAUUUCAUGAUGCGUUCCCAGCUCGACGCUUAUGAUCCUCGCCUGCCUGGCACUGGCGUUUUUGACCUCAAGACUAGGGCUGUUCUUACAAUUCGAAUGGAUGUCCAUGACUAUGAGAAGCGAAGAGGUUAUGAACUCACCCAGCGAUUUGGCCAAUUUGCCUCAUUCGAGAGAGAAUACCAUGAUCUGAUCCGAGCGGCGUUUCUCAAGUACUCUCUCCAGGUUCGAAUGGGCAGAAUGGAUGGUAUUUUUGUUGCAUUCCACAACACCCAACGUAUCUUUGGGUUUCAGUAUAUUCCCUUGGAGGAAAUGGAUCAUGCACUCCACGGCACUGAAAGGCGGGAGCUUGGAGACCAGGAAUUCAAGGCCAGCUUGAAGAUCCUAAACGACCUGCUUGACCGUGCCACCAAGAAGUUUCCUGGCCGCAGCUUGCGUCUUGUCGCUGAAGCUCGCCAGGGCAAAGUUCCCUUCAUGUACUUCUUUGCUGAACCAGUCUCGGAUGAGGAAAUGAAGGAGUCCGACGAAGCUUCGACGGAGUCGACGAUGAAACUUGCGGAGGAAAUCAUUGACCAAAGUCAGAGAGAGCGUGAAGUAUUGGAGUUGACUCAGCAGGAGCAGGAGCUGGAGCAAGAACAGGAAGCGGAAUCGGCGGUUGAUGAUUCCGAGAAACCUAUUGAUGAAGGGGUUGUAAAAGUGGACGAUGCUUGGCGGGCUCUGAUGGCGAAGGUGGAAGAGACGAUCGAGAACGAAUCACUCGGAAAGGGUUUUAUCAAAGAAUCACUACACGAUGCCCUCGAGGAAGUCGAUUUUUUAAGUGACAGCACUGCAAAGGAGUAUGAGCAGGAUCUGGAUGCAUUGGUGGAGUCUUUGGCCGAUGCAUUCAUCAUGCCGGGAGAAACCCGGGAGGCAUCGGAAACGAACGCUGUUGAUGAAGACUCGAACUCGAACAACGGAUCGCCGAGUGUUGAGACAGACCCUAAGCAUGAUAGCCCUCCUUCGGAGCCAACCGUUGAGGUAGCGUCUGAGGCUGAUGCGCCCACCGCACCCGUCGGCGAAACAUCCAAAUCCGAUACCUUGAGGGACUUGAUUAUCCAAGUCACAAAAGGUAUCGAGGAUAAGAAAGUUGAGGAAUUGGGUAAAUUCGAGCGUAUGCUAGCGGAACUCGCUGCGAAGACAAAGCAGGCAUCCACCAAGCCUGAUGAUAACGCGACGGACGAAAGAGAGUCGUCUACUCAACCUCCCGUGGUUACUGCGCCCAGCAGUAUUGAUGAGCCAGAGGGCGAUGAGGCUCCUCAGCCCCCCGUGGAUACUGCGCCAAGCAGUGUUGAUGAGCCAGCGGGCGAUGAGGCUCCUCAGCCAAUGGAAGAGGGAACUCCGCCUUCAGACGAGCUAGAGUUUAAGUAUACGCCCCCGAAAGACAUUCUUGGAAUGUUUGUUACCGUUCGCAACCAUCAAAAUGGUCGACCGGUAGAUCGCCCUGAGCUUGGCAGCGAGAAGAAGUUUUCCUGGGUUGUCGAAUAUAGUAUCCAGGAACUCGAAGAUUCAGAGGCAAGAAGGAUAUAUGCUCAAUCCAGAAAACGCCGGUUCGACCAGUUCGACAGCAUCAGGAGGAAGAAGGAAUCAGGCUACCAGCAGCAUUUUCAGUCGAUGAUGCUUCAGCUGUCGGCAGCGGGUGCUAAAUUCCGCCGGGCUUUUGAAAACGAACAAAAAGGAAAAGACCUUCUCGUUGCCUGGGAUAAGAAGCCACUUCCCAAGGAAGAGGAAACCUCGAAGAGAUAA